GACUUCUGCAAAGCCUUACUUACUGAAGCAAAGUGGGACAAUAUGGGCUACACACCAUCGCUGGAAGAGUACUUGAGCAAUGCGUGGACAUCAUCUUCAGGACCUUUCAUCAUGUCUCACGCUAGUUUCCUUGUGGGACAUAUGAAUUUGGAGGAUGUAGCAGAUUUGUUGGAGAGAAACAAGGAUCUGAUUUACAAUGUGUCCAUGAUAAUUCGCCUCUGCAAUGACCUUGGAACGUCAACGGCCGAAAGAGACAGAGGAGAUGCUCCAUCGUCAGUGGUGUGUUACAUGCGAGAAGCGAAUGUUCCGGAAGACGUCGCUAGGAAGCACAUCAAGGAACUGAUAAACCAGGCAUGGAAGAGCAUCAAUGCUCAUUGCUUUGGCAAUGUCGAGACGCCCUUUGUCCGAACCUUCAUUGAUGUCACCGUGAACGCGUCUCGUGUUGCACAUAUGCUUUACCAGUUCGGAGAUGGGUUUGGCGUCCAGGAUGGUGAUAUUAGGCGGCAAAUCUUAUCUGCAGUGAUUCACCCUGUCGCUCUUAACUGAGAUAAAGCGCAAAUGUAAUCACAUAGCAAGUGCAUAAGGUAGACUAGCUGCUGCCAGUCAAAAGAUUGAGUACUACGCGCAAAUUGUAUCCUAAGCUGCAUAAUCAUCUACUUGGGUU